GACCAAUCAAAGAGAGGGCUCAAACAUGAGUUAUGGUGUUUUUUUAUUAUCCCUCCCCUGAGUGGUAGUAGUAAUAGGAAAAACAAAAAGGAUCUGAACUCUAUCAUACCAAAAGAGAAGUACACAUUUAGUUCUAUUGUUAUUGUGGCAUUAAAAUCUAUUUUUCACAUUUUCUUUUGCUGUUUCAUAGCAAGUAGAUUUAGUGUUUUAUGAACAAAGUUUGAUUUCUGAGUCAUGAAUAUGGUUGAACCUAACAUUAUGUCUUUUCUCUUUCUAUCAAUGCAUCUUGCAGCGGCUAUUUGUCAAAAAAGAUGGAAAGGAGUUAGGUCCCCUUUCCCAUCGAACAUAACAGGCACAUAUCAAGGUAUGUAGCUCAUUUUCUUGAAUUUAGUCAUCCUUAUAUUGCUGCCAUCCAUUAUAAACAAACUUAUGUUACCAAGUUUCUUUUCUGAUUAAAUGGUAUUUACUUGAAUGUCAUACUACGGGUAACUUAUACCAAUUUUUUUUUUUAUAGGCUUUGGCUCUAUUGAUCAAUUCCAUGUUGUUAUGCUCUUCCCCUUGACUAGUAUUUUUCUACUUUUGCUUCAUAUUGAGCAAUUAAAUUUCUUGGACAAUCUUAGUAAGAUAGCUUUGAUCAAUGCCUAUCAACAUUGUAAAAUAGGAUUUGCAUUUACCAAUUCUGGAAGUUAAGCGGAGUUUUGAUUGUUACUACAACAUGCACAAAAAGUUGGUUUUAUUUAAGUGUUGCUUUACAUGAAAAAUAUAAAUAGUGACUAGAUUAAGCGGUUAAAUUGCAUUGAAGAAAUGCACUUCUUAAAUUAUAAAUAUAUUGGGUAAACUUCAGGCAAGCAAAAUAUUGGGUGAGCUGAAUAGAUUAUAAAGUCAAUCAUCCAAUUAGUCAACUAUUGGUAAAUCGAGAUAUCUCUUACUACUUGAUCUUGCAAGACUUUUUUUGCAGUUGGUGUGGAUCCUGCCAUCAUGGGUGUUGGCCUAGCUAUUGCAAUUCCAGCUGCAGUUAAAGCUACAAGGCUUGAACUCGAUGAUAUUGAUGUUUUUGAGAUAAAUGAUGUAAUAUCUAUUACAUCAAUGUGCUUGAUUAACCGGUUUGUUUUAAAUGAGUUUCUACAUUUGAGUUCUCAAACUUCAUUGUUCCCUACAGGCAUUUGCAUCUCUUUUUCACAUUACACCUAAUUUUUUUUAUUAUUUUUAUUCAAUCAAUCAAUUUAAUUCAA